AUGGCAUUUACAGCUUCUUUUGAUACUUCCAAAGUGAUCGCCGCGGCUUGUUGUCAGCAGCAGCCCCCAAUUAUAUCAUGCAAAUCCCAUGAAGGCGAACUUCCCAAUCAGCAGGAAACGACAACAACUAAUGGACAGUUCCCUUUUCUGUCUAUGACAACAGAUGCAAUACAAGUUAAAACUUCGUUAUUAUUAGAAUCAGAUGGGAAUUUACCUCAAUGUUUACCAUAUGAAAAAAAGAAAACAAUAGAGGAAAAACGGUACGAUGACAGUGUCGUUGGUCGUCUACUGUUGAUACCUUCGGAUUACCGAAAGAUAAUUGAAUACAUCGAACGCGGUAAUUUUGAAGCUCUUAAAAAAACUAUUGAACAUCAUCAUGCCGAAGUCAUUAAAAUGCGCAAUAGGUUCGAACAAACAAUACUACAUGUGGCUGUUAGACUGAAUCUAGCCUACAUAUGGAUACGACUGUUCUUGAUGCGCGGCGUUGAUCCAACAGCAAAGGACGAGGAUGGGUUAACAGCAGCCCAUUAUGUGUGUGAGAAGGAUGAUGUUGAAAUGUUAAAAGCACUACUACUUCCAUUUCAUGCAAAAGUCAAAUCUUUCCAGGAUAAUGUAGCUAAUGACAUGCACAACAGAUGUGUGGAAGCGUUAUCUAUAACAGAUAAUUGUGGUUUGACACCUUUCAUGUUGAGCUGCUCGAGAAAAGCGGUUAAAUGUGUUGAAUAUUUACACGAACAUCAUCCUGCCAAAGACAUCGAUCUUACUAAUGGCGAGACGUGCUUACACUACGCUGUAGCUCUAAACGAUCUGAAAUUUGUCCAAUAUUUGGUUCAAAUUUGUGGUGUAAGAGUGAACGCAGGCUCUGAACAUCGCCCCUCACCAUUAGAUAUCGCUAUGUACAGAGGUCAUAACGACAUUGUGGAAUUCCUCAUUAAAAAUAACGGUCAAACACGUUUUAGUAUUCAGCGUGUGGUGAGCAAGCGAAAAAAUUCUUGCGAUCUUGAUUUGAACAUUGAAGCACUGACGCUUCACUCUAGUGAAGAUACAGCAAUACUGCAACCAAAGUCUUCCAGAACUCAAGACUAUAUACUACCAAUGGAAUCUGAUAAUCAUCCUACAGCUAAAAGGCAAAAGACUAGUGAUGAGUUCAACAAAGAAGUAGCCCAUCUGUUUCUUCAGGCAUCACUUUGCUCGGCAAAGGACGAUCUGGACGGAGCAUUAAAUUACUACAAUGACGUGUUAAGCCUGUUACUUGGCAGUAGCGACGAGGGGCCUCAUCCGGAAUUAGCUAAAGCUUACAAUAGCAUUGGUUUAAUCUAUCAUCGAAAGGGUGACUUUGCCACUGCAUUGGUUAACUACCUUAAAGAACUCGAGAUAGUGUCGAAAAGCAACAAUCAUUCAGUAACAGCUAGCUGUUAUGGUAAUAUUGGCUUAAUAUACGCCAUUCAACAUAAUAGUAGAGACGCUGUGGAGAAUUUUGAAAAAGCUUUGCUUAUCUCUCGUUCCAAUCCACAGAAAAAUCAAACUGAAAUUAAAAGAUUAGAAAAAUAUAUUGGUGAUAUCAGCAAAAGACAGUAA